GAUGUUUUUCCAAAUUUGCGUGUUGCUCUACAAAUCCUUCUUACUAUAGCUGUCUCGAUUGCCAGCUGUGGGCGAUCCUUCAGUAAAUUAAAAAUAAUUCUUUCCUAUCUUCGAGCAUCCAUGGAACAAGAUAGAUUCAGCGAUCUGGCCCUAAUGAGUGUGGAGAGGGAAGUUCUUGAACAGAUUGAUUUUGAUGAUAUAAUUAACCAGUUUGCUGCAGUAAAAGCAAGAAAAAUAAAUUUU